UUCCUCUUUCGUUUCUUCUCCUCUUGGCGUUGUCUCUCGUCAUGGUCUGAGGUCCAUCAUUCUGAACCAGGGAAUAUCGUUCGCUGACUGGGAUCACAUCGCGGACUCGAAACCCAUCAGGCCGUCCCAGUGCGCUCUCGCAAUUAGAAUCUGACGCAUCCUUCAUCUCCUCUCCCCCUGUGUCGACAUGCCGUAUAACACCACGGCAAUCCCUCCUCGCAAGGAGGUGACAGGGCAGCCCGCCCUUCCGCUCGCCAGAGUCAAGAAGAUCAUCGCACAAGAUCCGGACAUUGGUAUCUGUUCCAACAACGCAGCCUUUAUCAUUACCAUGGCAAGUGAAAUGUUCAUCCAGCACCUUGCAAGUGAAGCCCAGAACAUGGCCAAGCUAGACCGCAAGCCGAGGAAGAACAUACAAUAUAAGGAUCUAGCCAAUGCCGUCGCGCACCACGACAACCUCGAAUUCCUCGAGGACACCAUUCCCAAGACGGUCCCCUACAAGGAUAUAAAGUACCAAGCCGGGGCCACGCGGGCCCGGAUUCAGCGCGACAGCGUCGACGCCGCAGCGGGUACCUUGGCGGCGGCGGCGACGACCACGACGACGACGAACGGUACUUCUGGCAAGAAGCGCAGGUCCUCACCGCUGACCACGGCAGUAACCACCAACGGCGUCCACGGCCACGCGUCUUCGGCGGCGGGCGAGCCAGGCGCGCAGCUCGAGGCAGGAACGAUGCAAGCGUCUGAUGCGGAUGGGGAUGGGGACGUCAGUAUGACCGGCUAGAAGCCGGGACCCCCCUGGUGCGUGUAGGCGUUGGAAAUUAUACGUAGGGCGCCGCUUGGUUGUGUAUACUAAAGGAGCAAUGCUGGGCAUAGGCAAAGUAACGACUGAAUAUCAUGAUGAG